CUGCGCGUAUUUGUAGCAUUCUUACUCUCACGAAGCACCCAACUUGCAUUGUAUCUGACAUGGCUGGCCCCAGUGGUACCUUCAACCCCGCACGACCAAAGCGCGCCGGCGAGCAGUUCACACGCACUCACCACUUGGACAACGACGAGCUCUCUUCAAAGAAACCACGAUUCGACCCACGCAACCCUUCCACGCUCGCUCCAGACGCCGAAGAGGAAGAAGACCCUGUGCUGGAAGCAGACGUGAUUGGAAAAGGCGCGGGAAUCAAACGAAAUGCAGUCAAUAUCGACGGCUACGAUUCGGACAGCUCUACAGAAAACUUCAAUGCACGUGCCGCGGCGAAGAUCAAGAUCGACACAGCACAGAAAAAAGACGAUGACGAUGAUGACGACGACAUGUUUGGUGGUGAAGACCAAGACGACGACGAGGACGAGGAAACAGUCAGAGACCAGACGGCAAAGAAGAAGCUACGAUUCUUAGAUAAUGAUGAAAUUGAGGGGCAAGAAUCCACAAGCAAGUCUGGAGGGCAUGUUGCAGUCGACUUCACCAAAGGCAAAGACACAGUAACAGAAGAUGUUGAGAGCAGCAGUGAAAGCGGCGAUGAUGGAGAGCGUGACCGCGUAGAGUCAGACAUGGACGAGGAGCUAGGGGCUGGUAGCAAGAAGAAGCACGCUCCGAAGCUAGACGCCUUCAACAUGCGCUCAGAGCAGGAGGAGGGUCGAUUCGACGAGGCCGGCAAUUUCGUGCGCAAAGCAUACGACCCAGAAGCCGCUCAAGACUCGUGGCUCGAGGGCAUAUCCAAAAAGGAUAUUAAGCGUGCGCAAGAAGCAAAAGAUAUGCGAGAUGCAGAACAGAAGGCUCGUGAACGCGCGGAAGACUCAAUAAUCACCAGCGACGUUCUGUCUACUCUAAUCACGCACUUGGAUGUAGGAGAGACUCCCUUGGAGGCCCUCGUACGAUACGGCAAGGCAGCCCCGAAGAAGCAGACCAACACCUGGAGCAAGAAGAAAAAGGUCCAAGCUAUGGAGGUCGAUACUGACCCUGCGAAAGAAGCUGCAGAAGCAAAAGCAAAAGCAGCUAUCGACUCUAUUACUGAAUGCGCAAGUCGACUGUCUGACAGAGGUGUCGAAGAUAUCUACGAAAUGCCCCGCGAAACAAUUAUGCGACAAUACAAGCGCGACACAGGAGAGGAUUGGAGGAACCCAAAUCCAGAACCAGUGCAGUGGGAGUUCCAUUGGCUCACUGCACCAGAAGGGGAAAACAAUGGUCCCUACGACACGGAGACGAUGCGUGCUUGGGAGGCAAGCGGGCAAUUCGCUGCUGGUGCUGAAUUUCGCCACGUCGGCGAAACGGAGUGGUCGCGACUGUUGGACUUUGACGACGAUUGAUCGAGCGCUUGAUAAACUGAUGCCUUCAAUAGUAUGGUACAUUUGCUGCACGACAUAUCAAUGAGCGCUCCACUGCAGUUCACGCUAUCGGGUAUCUAAAGAUACCGACAAGCUGGACGCUCACAUGACUUCUCAUGCAAUGCAGGCUCCUGUGGCUAAGAUCCUACGAUAAAUGUUCGACCAGUCGGAUAAAACAGAGAUGCGGGAAGCCGUAGCGAUCGGUUGGAGCGCCUGCGAUAACAGCCCAUCGAGCGCAGCUACGUCGAAUCAUAUACAGAGUUUGAUGUGUGCAUGUCGUGUCACGUUGAUGUCGCUUGCUGUGACCGUUUCGUGUCUGUGUGCAGAUGUUGAGGUGUCAGGAAUGCAGACUUGUGCAGUGCGGCUAUGUGCAUAACUUCCUUCUGGAUGAAAGGAAAAGUGAAGUCCGUGUUGGAUGAUGAAGGGUCCGUAGAUCGUAGUGGCGAUGCGAUACGAAGCACAGAUUGGGCAGCUGGGUGGC